AUGUUGUGCUGGGGAAAUGCAUCCUUCGGACAGCUAGGCUUGGGUGGAAUUGAUGAAGAAAUUGUACUAGAGCCCAGGAGAAGUGACUUUUUUGUAAAUAAAAAGGUCCGAGAUGUAGGAUGUGGACUCAGACAUACUGUAUUUGUUCUGGAUGAUGGAACCGUGUACACAUGUGGAUGUAAUGAUCUAGGACAACUAGGUCAUGAAAAAUCUAGAAAGAAACCAGAGCAGGUUGUUGCCCUGGAUGCCCAAAAUAUUGUAGCUGUUUCAUGUGGAGAAGCUCAUACAUUAGCACUAAAUGACAAGGGCCAGGUGUAUGCUUGGGGUCUUGAUUCUGAUGGACAACUUGGCCUGCUAGGAUCAGAGGAAUGUAUCAGAGUUCCCAGAAAUAUUAAAAGUUUGUCAGAUAUCCAGAUAGUACAGGUUGCUUGUGGUUACUAUCAUUCACUUGCACUCUCCAAAGCAAGUGAAGUCUUCUGUUGGGGGCAGAAUAAAUAUGGCCAGUUGGGUUUAGGCCUUGACUGUAAAAAGCAGGCUUCGCCACAACUGAUUAAGUCUCUCCUUGGAAUCCCUUUCAUGCAAGUUGCAGCAGGAGGAGCCCAUAGUUUUGUACUCACCCUUUCUGGAGCUAUCUUUGGGUGGGGACGCAACAAAUUUGGUCAGCUAGGUCUUAAUGAUGAAAAUGAUAGGUAUGUUCCUAAUUUGCUAAAGUCACUAAGAUCUCAGAAAAUAGUUUAUAUUUGUUGUGGAGAAGAUCAUACUGCUGCUCUAACCAAGGAAGGUGGAGUGUUUACUUUUGGAGCUGGAGGUUACGGUCAGUUGGGUCAUAACUCUACCAGUCAUGAAAUAAACCCAAGGAAGGUUUUUGAACUUAUGGGAAGUAUUGUCACUCAGAUUGCUUGCGGAAGGCAGCACACUUCUGCUUUUGUUCCUUCAUCAGGACGAAUUUAUUCUUUUGGGCUUGGUGGUAAUGGGCAGCUAGGAACUGGUUCAACAAGCAACAGGAAAAGUCCUUUCACCGUAAAGGGAAACUGGUUACCUUAUAAUGGGCAUUGUCCACCAGAUAUUGAUUAUGAAGACUAUUUCUGUGUAAAAAGAAUUUUCUCAGGCGGAGAUCAAAGCUUUUCACAUUACUCUAGUCCCCAGAACUGUGGGCCACCAGAUGACUUUAGAUGUCCUGAUCCUUCAAAGCAGAUCUGGACUGUAAAUGAACCUCUAGUUCAAAAAUGGCUGAGCUACCCCUCUGGAAGGUUUCCUGUGGAGAUAGCCAAUGAGAUAGAUGGAACAUUUUCUUCUUCAGGCUGCCUGAAUGGAAGUUUUUUAGCUGUUAGCAAUGAUGAUCACUAUAGAACAGGUGCCAGAUUUUCAGGGGUUGAUAUGACUGCUGCUAGGCUUUUAUUCCACAAACUUAUACAACCUGAUCAUCCUCAGAUAUCACAGCAGGUGGCAGCUAGUUUGGAAAAGAAUCUUAUUCCUAAGCUGACCAGCUCCUUACCUGAUGUUGAAGCACUGAGGUUUUAUCUUACUCUACCAGAAUGUCCCCUGAUGAGUGAUUCCAACAAUUUCACAACAAUAGCAAUUCCUUUUGGUACAGCUCUUGUGAACCUAGAAAAGGCACCACUGAAAGUACUUGAAAACUGGUGGUCAGUACUUGAACCUCCACUAUUCCUCAAGAUAGUAGAACUUUUUAAGGAAGUUGUGGUACAUCUUUUGAAACUCUACAAGAUCGGCAUUCCCCCUUCUGAAAGAAGAAUUUUCAACAGUUUUCUUCAUACUGCAUUAAAGGUUUUAGAAAUAUUGCAUAGGGUAAAUGAGAAAACGGGACAGAUAAUACAAUACGAUAAGUUUUAUAUACAUGAAGUACAAGAAAUGAUAGACAUAAGGAAUGAUUAUAUCAACUGGGUCCAGCAACAGGCCUAUGGAAUGGAUGUCAACCAUGGAUUAACUGAGUUGGCAGAUAUUCCUGUUACAAUCUGCACAUAUCCUUUCGUCUUUGAUGCCCAAGCAAAAACUACUCUGUUACAAACAGAUGCAGUCUUACAGAUGCAGAUGGCUAUUGACCAGGCCCACAGACAGAAUGUCUCCUCUCUUUUUCUCCCAGUGAUUGAAUCUGUGAAUCCUUGCUUAAUUCUAGUGGUGCGUAGAGAAAAUAUUGUAGGAGAUGCAAUGGAAGUCCUUAGGAAAACAAAGAAUAUAGAUUACAAAAAGCCUCUCAAGGUUAUUUUUGUUGGAGAAGAUGCUGUUGAUGCAGGAGGGGUACGCAAAGAAUUUUUCUUGCUCAUCAUGAGGGAAUUAUUGGAUCCUAAAUAUGGCAUGUUUAGGUAUUAUGAAGAUUCCAGGCUCAUUUGGUUUUCUGAUAAGACAUUUGAAGACAGUGAUUUGUUCCAUUUGAUUGGUGUUAUCUGUGGAUUAGCAAUUUAUAACUUUACUAUUGUGGACCUCCAUUUUCCUUUGGCUUUAUAUAAGAAACUACUGAAAAAAAAGCCAUCCCUGGAUGAUUUGAAAGAACUAGUGCCUGAUGUUGGAAGAAGCAUGCAACAAUUACUGGAUUAUCCAGAAGAUGAUAUAGAGGAAACAUUUUGUCUUAAUUUUACGAUCACAGUUGAAAACUUUGGUGCAACAGAAGUGAAAGAGCUGGUUCUAAAUGGUGCAGACACAGCUGUUAACAAACAAAAUCGCCAGGAGUUUGUUGAUGCUUAUGUGGAUUACAUAUUCAAUAAAUCAGUGGCUUCCCUAUUUGAUGCCUUUCAUGCGGGCUUUCAUAAGGUCUGUGGAGGAAAAGUCCUUCAGCUCUUCCAGCCUAAUGAGCUGCAAGCUAUGGUGAUUGGAAAUACAAACUAUGAUUGGAAGGAACUGGAAAAGAAUACAGAAUACAAAGGAGAGUACUGGGCAGAACAUCCUACAAUAAAAAUUUUUUGGGAAGUAUUUCAUGAAUUACCACUGGAAAAGAAAAAACAAUUUUUGUUAUUCUUGACAGGUAGUGAUCGCAUUCCUAUUCUUGGUAUGAAGAGUCUAAAACUAGUCAUUCAGUCAACAGGAGGUGGUGAGGAGUAUCUCCCAGUUUCCCAUACCUGUUUUAAUCUUCUGGAUCUUCCAAAAUACACAGAAAAAGAAACUCUACGAUCUAAACUGAUACAAGCUAUUGAUCACAAUGAAGGCUUCAGUUUGAUAUAA